AUCCUCUCACCAUCAGCUCAAGGCUGUAAUCCUGGGCCUCUGCUCCGCUAAGGCUUGUCCUAUUUUCAUUCCUCUUCUCCAGGAGCAGUUCCCAUUGGCUGUAAGGACCUCCCGGGCACUUGUGCCCUGCUUCUCCGGCAGCCUCUGCGUUUGGGUGUAGGCUCGCUCACCCUGUACCUUGGCCCUCCUGCUCAUCUCCUCCCGACAGUUCCCUGCACUUGCUUGCUCCGGUCCUUCCUUGCUCAGAUCUGGAGAACUCAGGCCUGUGAGCCAGGAGGGCCCAGUUCUAAAAAGCCAAGCCACCCUCGUGCAGGGAGCAGCGGGGCACAGGACUUGUCCAUCUUGGGCGUCAGCCUCCCGCAGGCCUGGACGAUGGGCAACGUGAUGGAAGGCAAGUCGGUGGAAGAGCUGAGCAGCACCGAGUGCCACCAGUGGUACAAGAAGUUCAUGACCGAGUGCCCCUCCGGCCAGCUCACUCUCUAUGAGUUCCGUCAGUUCUUUGGCCUCAAGAACCUGAGCCCGGCGACCAGCCAGUAUGUGGAGCAGAUGUUUGAGACCUUUGACUUCAACAAAGACGGCUACAUCGACUUCAUGGAGUACGUGGCGGCGCUCAGCCUGGUCCUCAAGGGGAAGGUGGAACAGAAGCUGCGCUGGUACUUCAAGCUCUACGACGUGGACGGCAACGGCUGCAUUGACCGCGACGAGCUGCUCACCAUCAUCCGGGCCAUCCGAGCCAUUAACCCCUGCAGCGACUCCACCAUGAGUGCAGAGGAGUUCACCGAUACCGUGUUCUCCAAGAUCGAUGUCAACGGGGAUGGGGAGCUGUCCCUGGAGGAGUUCAUGGAGGGCGUCCAGAAGGACCAGAUGCUCCUGGACACGCUGACACGAAGCCUGGACCUUACCAGCAUUGUGCGCAGGCUGCAGAACAGCGAGCAAGACCAGGAGGGGGCUGGUGGGGGGGUGGCUGAGGCAGCCGGCUGAGCCACCCACCGCCAGGAAGCUUCCGUGUUGGGGAGGGGGUGUGCGGUGCUGCUGACUUUUAUACUAGAUAGAGUCUACUGCGCUCAGAGGCCCAGGCCGCCUCUCCAGGCUGCGAGGUGGUGACAUGGGAGCAGUGCUGAGAGUCCAGGGGUGGGGACAGUGAAGGGGGCUUCUGAACCUCAGUGUGACUCAGCUGGCAGUGACUGCUUCCUGCCAGCAGCGGCUCCUCAACACCCCUGCACCCUCAGGCUCCUCUUUGCCCCUCGGGAAGCUCCCCCAGCUCUUCCCAGCUUUCCAGUCCCACCCUCUUCCAGACGUGGAAGCUCUGAGGCAGAGCUGAGCUUUCCCGGGACUCCGAUGGAAUCUGGCAAGUCUCCGUCCUGGUGCCACACGGAGCCCGGGACCCUGGAGCCUACCUGUGUGGUUUGCACUGAUUCCUCCCUCUCAUUCAUUCAACAAGUAUUUAUUGAGCACCUACUACGAACUAAUGCUAGAUGUUAGAUGUGCAGAUGGAAAGGACCCUUCUCAUUGUCAAAGAACCCCCAGGCUACGCAUCGUUAUAAUAAAGCAUGCUAGGGAAGCUGUGAAUGGAUUCCUGUAGGAGCACGGGGAACCAAGAGUGAAGGUGACUCAGGGGCAGCCUCGCAGAGGCGACCCCGGACUCGGACCUCGAAAGGGGAGUUGGAGGUUGCGUGUGGAGAAGACGGUGUGUGCGGGAGGUUGGAGGGGCACUCUGGGUGAUGUGU